AUGUUUAUAAAAAUAUCCGAAGAUUUAGUAUUCCCAUGUUCUAAAAUACCUGAAAAUUUGAAUUUUCAUGUAUAUUCAUCAUCAAAUAAUGAUAAUAGUAAAUUUCUUGGAAAAGUAGAAACUAGGUUGAAUGUACUUUCUUCAGCAAAGACAGUUCAUCAAAUAAUUCAAUCAUCAAAUUCUUACUCAAACAGCAUUCAUCCAACUUCAAUAUCAUUACCAGGAUCACCUGUAAUAUCAUUGAAGCAAUCUAAUUCCAAUAAUAAUAGCAUUUCUAGCAUAAAAUCAAACAACAAUAGCAUUUCUACUACUAAUAAUAAUAGUAAUAAUAAUACUACUAAUAAUAAUAAUAAUACCCCAGCAUCAAGAUCUUCGCUUAAUACAUUUAGAAUAUCUUCUAAUGAUUCAGUUAACGAUAUUAAAACAAAAUUUAUGAAUUUAAUAGCCCUUGGUCCAAUAACAAAUACCGAUAUAAUUAAGACUUUAAAUGUGACUUCUAGUUCUGAAGCAGAUUUAUUGGUUGAUUUAAUAUCUUCAAAUUGUCAGAUUUAUGAUCCUAAUGAUUCAUUCACUCAGAAUGAUCGAUUCCCUAAUUUAAUUUCUGAAUCUGAUACAGAUUUUGAUUCUCUUACUCCUUCAUAUAUCCUUAAGGAUAAAUCAUAUAAAGAUCUUAAACCUUGGAAAUGGAAAUCCUAUACUAAUUUUGAAAGAUCAUUAAUUAUUGACAAUGUCAAUCAUGCAUUAACGAGAUUAGGAUAUUCAGAAACUCAUCCAUUAAGAAAUAAGAUUUGUGCAAAACCAUCUACAUCAACUAAUCAUAAUGAUUCAUCAUCAUCUGAUGAUGAUCGUGAACAAUUAGAAGAAAAUGGUAAGAAAAAUCAUCAUCUUGGAGGUGGAUUUUUAAGUGGAAAGAGUUCUAGAUUACCAUUUAGAAAAUCUCAGACUGAUCUGCCAAAACCUGCAUUGCUUAAGAAAUUUAAUAAUAAUAAUAAUAAUAAUAGUACUAAUAAUAAUAAUAAUGGUGGAAUCCAAACAAAUAAUGUUACUUCAUCUUUGGGAUCUCCUAGACCUAAACUGGUUCGUGCAUCUACCCCUGUUUCAGCGACAACAAUUACUCCUUCAACGUCUGCUAGAAGUACUAAUUCGGAUAAAUCCACUUCUAAGAAGAGAAAGUUUUCAACUUCUUCAUCUUCUUCUUCAACUUCAAACUCUUCCGAUGAAGAUCGUCAUAGUAAACGGAUGAAACAAGAAGUUUAUACAUCACCUUCAUCGGAAGAAAUUGAAGAUGAAACUUCACCAAAUAGUAAUAACAAUACUAAUACUAAUACCAAUAAUAACAAUAAUACCAAUAAUAACAAUAAUAAUAGAUCUACUCCUACUUUAUCUACAAUUAAUAAUACUUCUAAGAAAUUGGAUUAUUAUUCUAAUUUAGCCAUUAAGUUUAAGAGUAAAUAUAAAGAGUAUGCUGUGUUAUAUAAUCAAUUGAAAGCAAAACCAGCAGCAUCCACCUCUUCAACCAAUAAGAAACAAUUGAUGAAAUUAUUGGAAUUACAUACGACACUUGCACAAUGGAAAAAGGCACUUUGGGAUUAUGACACAUCCAAUACCAAUGGCAAGUCAUUAAUGUCCACCCUUUCUCGUCAUAAGAAGGCCCACAGCUUAUCACCAGCCAUUCUUGAUCCUCCAAGGCAAGCUACACCAUCAGGGUCAGGAUCAGGGUCUGGGUCAGGACCCAAGACCAGUCGUAAAAUAUCCCUUGACUAUUAA